GGAAGAGAGGGGGGCGGCGGGAGCGCGCUUUCCGUCUCUGGUUAGUGGACUGACAGCCAGCUGUGCAGCUACAACGACAACAACCUCCUGGAUUUCCUACAUACAACUAGAUUAGAGUUGGUCUGCUACUGCUUCUAAUCAUACAUUAUAGCUGUUUUUCGGAGCAAACACUCGACGGCACACAGCUACGACCAGUAUCAUCGGCGUUUUCUGUGCUAACUAGCUAGAAGAGCAUUCCUCCAACAUGAAUCCGUUGUGUAGCAGAUGUAAUCUAGUCGUUUACCCCACGGAAAAAGUGAAUUGUCUGGACAAGUAUUGGCAUAAAGGAUGCUUCAGCUGCGAGGUCUGCAAAAUGACUCUAAACAUGAAGAAUUACAAAGGCUUCGAGAAGAGACCAUACUGCAAUGCACACUACCCCAAGUCAAGCUUCACCUGUGUGACUGACACUCCAGAGAACCUCCGCCUCAAACAGCAGAGCAAGAUACAGAGCCAGGUUCUUUACAGGGAGGAUUUUGAGAAGAAUAAAGGGAAGGGUUUCAGCGUGGUCGCAGACACACCAGAGAUGCAAAGAAUUAAGAAAACGCAGGACCAAAUCAGCAAUAUUAAGUACCAUGAGGAAUUUGAGAAGAAGAAGAUCGGAGGAGAGGGUCCACAACAUCUGCCAAGCCACCCCAGUGCAGGUGGUUACCAGCAGCCUGCAGCCACUCAAAACUACCACUAUGAUCCUGCUCCUGAACCAGUGCGCCAGGCAGCCGCUGCCCCGCCUCCCAGUGCUGGGAAGCGAUACAGGGCAGUAUAUGACUACUCUGCCGCCGAUGAGGAUGAAGUUUCCUUUAUGGACGGAGAUGUGAUCGUAGACGUGCAGCAGAUUGAUGAAGGCUGGAUGUAUGGCCGCGUGGAGCGUACCGGCCAGCAGGGCAUGCUGCCUGCCAACUACGUGGAGGCCAUCUGAGCUAGAGGAGAAGGAAAAAGAGGGAGAGAAAAAGGAGGAGAUAGAGAAAGGGAGGGAAAGUAGGAAAGGAAAAGCCCAGUGCCAUCUCAUCUUAGCGCCGCUUUCUCUUAUUUUUACUCUUGUUCCCUAACCUGCCCUGAGAGACCCUGAACCCCUUCCCCUUCUACAUCCCUGCUCUGCUCUCACUGUUCGCCAGCCACAGACACACACCCUCUAUCUAGCUGUCUGUCCUUCUGUCUGUCUAUCUGCCUGCCUGCUUCUCUAUUCGUCCGUCUGUGCUAAUGUCUCUCUCUUUGGAUGUUCGUCAUCCUCUUUGUCUUUGUCCCCAUCCUGACUCCACUCUCAUGCAGCUGCAAGUGGGAAUGGAAAGUCCUCAAAGAUGAAUUCACAGUUCAUUGCAGUAUGUCAGGGGUCCGUGCCGUGUCACACAGCUCCAUCCUAGCUACGCCACUUAGCAAUCCUACCACUAAAACAUGCAAAAAUACAGAAGAAAAUGUUUGUUUUUUGAAGAAAAAAAAGAUAUCCCUGAAGUGAGUAAACCUGCAGACGCAAUUCAGUGAAGAAACUAGCUCAAAGUGUGUUUGAGUGGCGUUUUAAUGGGCCCAUUUAUUUGUCUUUUUCUUUCUUUAAUUUUGCAGCGUGAUCUUGGCCAGACUGGAAAAACAGUGUAUAGAAUCUCAGUCUGCCUUAGCGGUUUUUUUUCACUUGAGUACAUUCCUUUAACCUCCAACGCUGUUGCUGUUGCAUCAGUCAGCCAGUUUUCAGUCUUAACAGAGAGGUUUUUUAAAUAUAUUUAUAGAUGGACGCACAUCUCGCCAGUCUGCUCAAGUAGGCACCCUCAUGUUCAGCACUGUGCUGUUGUCAAACUGGAAUAAUAACCUAACUGUAGAGCACCUCCUGUUGAGCCUUACACAGGCUUCCUGGAUACAGGAGGGAUCAGGGACACGUUAGGGGACUUCAUCAGUCUUUCUCUUGCAGUUACACUGAACACACGUCUGCAUGUACAGUAUACACGUUUAUUCCUGAUUUUGCAGCCUAAAUGCCUUCAGUCCUGUGAGAAUCACAAAGAUAUGGUGAUCAAGAUUAAGCUGUUUUUGGGGGGGAAAUGGCUCUUCCCCUUUGCUAAGAAAAAAAAAUAUCACCAUCACAGAAAUCCUUUAUAAAAGACGAGGCCAAGCACAACUCGAUAUUGUGAAUCGUUUUAUUUGAAAUUCAUUCCACUGUUUUUGAAAGAGUACAUUCCAGUCUUUUUUCUUUUUCUCAUUUAAUGUGAGAAUUUUUUUUUUAUGGCUGUGGUAGAUGUUGUCAUUUUUCUCGCUCUUUUCUUCCUGAACUGUCCUUGUUGUUAUUAGAUGUUUGUUUUGAGAAAAAAAACAGAUCUGUGUAUUUAAUAAAUAAACCAGCAACUCAGUUUGCAAGACAGAAAAGGAGUAUUUAUGGAGACUCUUGUAGUCACUGUAUUAGAUCAGUCAUGGGAUAAUUACUUGGAGUUUCAGGACGGCGCUAACUGCUUGUUGUUAAAGCCCGUUUCAUUGUUCUGCAGCUUCAAAGAAGGGAGAAUUUAGAAAAAAAUCAUUUAAAAUACACCUGAAAGUUAGAUUUUAUUGUAUGCUGUGUUCAUUUUAAAGGCAGGUGCUACUUGAGCCAGGGCGGCACAUGUGGCAGGCCAGUCCCGACAACAAGCCAGCCACCGCUCGCUGGCAGCUAAAUGUUGAAACUGCUGGUUCUUGAGCGUAAAAUGAAGCGUUUACGUUGCUGGCUCUUCCACAGAAAGGCUGCGACACAGGAUUUUCUGUUAAAACCAUAACACGUGUAAUUGUCAUUAUUGUUGCCAUUCCUCUGUGGUGUAAAUAAUGUCACAGGCCCCUGACCUUAUGCACCUUUCCCCUUUUCUUGCAGUUUCAUUCUCCUGUGAUGCACUGUGACUGUCACAGACAUGAGCGAUCAGGGUGGGGUCAUCCUUACGGUGGAGCUGGGGAGCGGGGAGGGAGGGGAUUUCGGCUUCAUUAAGUGAAACAAGGCUCUCACUAUGUAGCUAGAUGACAUUGUACAAUUGUAUAUGUAUCAUAAAUGUAAGUUAGGGGGAAUUGUUUUUACAGGUCACGGUGCUCUGGGAAGUGGCUUGCCUGCAGAUAAAAGCGUUUCAAUAUUUUUGUGAAUGUGGAGAAGUUCUGUGAUUUUUAAAAGCUGACUCACGGUCGGUGCACGUUGUCAGUUGGUGUUGGAACAAUCAAACUCCCUAAUGUCAUGAAUUGUGACAGUGCUGAUGAAAAAAAAAAGUCACUGAAUUAGAAAAAAGACUCUUCUAAUAAAUGAGAACGAAGGAACACACUGUACAGCAUCUCUCCUGCAUUUUGCAUUAAUUCUCUAUUCGACAACAGGAUAUUUGCAAAACAGACGCUAGAUCGGAAAGCUGGUUUAGAGCUCACGGUUGUGUGUAUCUCUGGGGUAAAUUGAGGAAUUUUGCGGUUUGGCUUUGAGUGAAAUGAUUGUUGUUCCUGGCUGAUGGUGCAUUUGCUCAAAUUUAAUUAUUAACAAAACUACUCACUCUGGUAGAUUCCGGAUUGCGUCCAGUCCAAACUUAUCUCAAGUGUGUUGAUUGUUGUUAGGCGGUGAUGUGAAGGAAAUGAGGGAGGGAGGGAGGGAAUGGCCAAAGACAGCCAGUGUUUAAGUGUGGCUCAGGAUGGAUUUGUUAAGGCACUGUCAAAUCUAAGUGUGCGAAGAUGUAAGCGUGCGAGGCUGGGGGGAGAGGGGGCGACUGAGGGUGGCGAUCCUCUCGAUUUCCCAGUCUGUGAGAGGCGGCAAGUUGUUUGUCUGACCUGGAUUUUAGUCAGGAGUUAACCUCUUUGCGCCAAAUACCGCUCCUCUGCUCUGGCAUCACUACUGAACCCUAACUUCAUAUCAUAACCCUGCUUCCAUUCAGUUUCUGUCUUCUUAUGCUGUCCAACCUCCUGCUGCAGUCCCUCUUUCCUCCGGCCUUCAUCGUAGGCUCCUGCUCUUCUGAUGAAUCAUUCCCCGCUUCUAUGAUACUGGUUAUAUACUGUAGACUUUGCAGAGUGAAAUCAUAUAAUCCACAAUUGCAGGUUUAGCAUUCAGACCAGUUUUUGUGCAUUCCAUCUUAAAUUGUUUUUGAUAUAAUUUUGUUAUUUUUUUAAAGAAAAAAAAAAUAUACCAUAUGCAUAUUGACAUACACAUGUAUUCAACACUCUGAAUACAUCCUCAGAUUAAGGACCUGAUAUCAUCUCCUGUUGCCCUGAUACAGCACUUCAAAUUGUACUUAUGAUUCUGCAGAUUCAAUAAAAUGUCAUUUUUUUUCUCAAGA